CGUCGCAAGCUGCGGGCCCCCAUGCACCCGCUGUGGCCGGGACGGCAAGAAUUGUCUCGUCGUGGGAAGAGCAUCCAGACUAGCAAGCGAUCGCCGUGCCCGCCUCGGACGCCUCAACCGCGCCGCCCCCAGCUUCUGGGACCGUGAUGGGCCGCUCCAGCCCGCCGCUGGGAUCGGCUCGCCAUCUGCAAGAAACAUCAAUGUGGACGGCGAUGUGCCUGGCAACGCGACCUCUCCAAGCAUGCCAUCCGCCAUAAGCGACCAGGCCGCAAGUUCUAUCUGCAAGCUCGUGGCGUCAUCGGCACAGAACGCGUCAAGCACGGCGAGGAACACAACAAGCAAUUUGCAGUCGAAUCCCCGGACAGCAGAUGGGGAUGCCCGACGGCGCGUUACGGUGCUCUACUCACAUCUGCCAUUUCUGGCCGUCGGCAACAUCCACAGGGUCCCGUUUGAGGACGUCAACUAUCUCGAAUCUUGUGGCUGUCUCCAUGUGCCUGCCCGCCCCUUAUUGGACAACUUUGUCGAGCAGUAUUUCCUCCACAUUCACCCCUUGCUGCCUUUGGUUGACGAGGGCGACUUCUGGGAGAUGUACUCUGAGGUGGAGGCUCCAUGCCCGCCAGACAACAGGAUGCCGCUCUUGCUCUUCCAAGCCAUGCUUUUCAGCAGCUGCGCCUUACUUUACGAUUUCGACGCAGAGAUCGACCAGCUGCCCCUGGCACAAGCCUCCUUACUGUUGAUGCACUGGGUACCGCCAUCGAACUUUCCGUCCAGUCCUUAUAAGACGUGGCUCGGGCGCGCUCUCCAGCACGCCAAGAGCAUUAAUGCAGACCGCUAUGGCGCCAUGCCAAAACUCCCAGCAUGGGCCAGUCCCGAUGCUAGAAAGUACCACAAAGCCUGUCGCCGUAUGUGGUGGUGCUGCAUUAUACUCGACCGUAUCUCGCCCCUAAGCGGGCGAUACGGCAACCGAAUCACGCGCGACACUUUCGACUUCGCUAAGGCUACCGCGCUUGGCGCUGCGGAUCUUGAGGACGAGAUAUACCGAUCCAGUGUGUACAGUCCCGCCGCGAAGCGCCGACUAAUCGGCCUGUUCGAGGUGUACCUCAAAUUUACCUUGCUGCUAACGGACGUCCUUACACUGGUCUUCCCUUUUGAGGAUUCCUUGCGGAUGAAUCACCAGCCUUGCGACGAGGAUGGGGCGCAAAUUGAGAUAUGCGAUGCUGCGCUGAAGAGCUGGUUCGCCGUUGCCAGCGAGAAGUUUCGCCCUUUCCAGGGAACGUCCAGGACCGCUGCAGGCGGCUUGGGGAAACAGGAACUACAUAGAUCCGAGGCGUUGCACGUUAAUCUGAUGUAUAUAUACUAUUACACUGCAAAAAUUGCAAUCCAUCACUACCUCCUACUGUACCGCGUCGCGAACGGGCACGAGCUAGAAAUCGCAGAUCUACCGCAGGUCGACAAGCUCGCAAAGAGCCGCGACGAGCUCAUGGACGCGGCAGCGCACAUGACGCUCCUGUUCGGCGAGCUUAGUCGUCGCCGGCUGGUCCGCUGGCUGCCGGUCAGCACUCUUGCAUGCAUGACUAUGCCACUGGCGCUUGGCUUCAUCAGCGCGAGGCUCUUUACCACCGGGAAAGGUCCUGCUUCCAACCGGCCCGUAGCCGCAUCAGACUCGAGGGCUGGCCUCCUGGGCUUGGACGUGCUCUCCGAGGCCCUGGAGGCCUUUGUCUCGCAGUAUCAAUGCGUCGGGUAUAUCCGCGAAGUCGCCAAACAUGUGGCCAAUCUCGCCCAGGACCACAGUAGCCAGGCUGGCGAUCAACCCCGGACACUCCAAGAUUCUAAACCAGGACGACCGCUGAUCAUCACAGACUGGAUUCAGGUCCUGACCGCCCAGCCUUGUGUUUAUGUUUGGACGACCAUGGCCGUUGACCUGUACAUUAGGGAUUGUUUGGGCUGGGAAGGCAGGACAAACAAGGCCGCAGCAUCGGGCCAUGUGCCUGAUGACUAA